UGAAAACAAAAAUUUGUAAUUAAAUUUCCAUCAUACACAUCAAGUGAAAAUUUAAUUUUAUUUUGUGUAUACAAAAUUUUUAAAUCUUUUAUAAAAAUUUUAAUACAAAAUUUUUAAGUUAAAAUUCUGUAAAAUAAUGCCACCAGUAAUUAAAGGAAAAGAUGUCUUAAGUGCCCUUAACGAGCUAAAGACUCCUUCCAAUUUAAACGAAAUUGUGGAUCACAUGUCUGCCAAGUACGAAGCCAGCAAAACAGCUUUAGCAGCAGCAGUUAAAACUAUUUUAGAUGCAGGUGUGCAACAUGGCUACAUUGAGGAAUCUGAGGACAAAUAUCGUACCGAAUAUAAGCCAACUGAGGAAGCGAAAGAUAAUCAGAUGGAAAUAAAUCCUGCGGAGCCGAAACGUCAAGAAUCUAAUGAACAAGUAGAAGCCACAAAAAAUAGAGAAAUUGCUGUGAAAAAUAAAAAGCAAUGGACGUGGAAACGUCCUUAUUUAUUAAAUUCUAGUGAAGACGAAAAUGAAGAUGAGGAUGAUGAACUACGAGAUCAAGGAGAUUGUUGUGGUUCUAGAUAUAGAAGACGUUCACGUAGCAGGGGUAGACAUGGUAAAAGUCAUUCACGUCGCCGUACCAGACGUCGAAGACGGGAAUAGUUUUUAAAAUUUUUGUUAUUGGCAUCUAAUUUAUGUUCUUUGUGAUGUUUUGAGAAGGGUAUGACUAAAUUAUAUUUUAGACAUUUUAAUAAAUUUUCCUGUUUAUUUAGUUAUACUUAC